AUGAGGAGAGCAGGGUUGCUCUUCGAAGACACUAAAGAACACGAAACUAUUACCUUCUUGUUUAAUGAAGCUCCUGCAGAUGACGUCGGGGCUGCGAGCGCUGAUGUGGUUAAUGUGGUGUCGCGGCGAGUUGCCCGUAUCUACGAUCCUGAGACGAAACGCUCCCGCGAAGAUCUGGCGGUAACCGCUCAGCUCGGUCAGCACACAGCGUGA